AUGACAACUUCUGUACCUGACCUACCAUUUAUUCAGCAAAUGUUUACACGAUAUGGUAUGAGCACAUAUGUAGCAUUUGGAAAUUUGGGUAAUUUAUUAACUAUUGCUGCUUUUUGCCAAUGUGAACCAUGGAAAAAUCCUUGUUUACUUUAUUUAUUAUCGAUGACAAUAUGUAAUUUAAUUUGUCUUGAUGUUGGAAUAAUUCCAAUGAUAUUUUCAUUAGACCAUGUUGAUAUAUCUACUCAGUCCAUAAUUUUUUGUCAAUUACAGUUUUAUAUUCGACAUGCUUUUUUUCAAAUGAUGCGUACAUAUAAAGUUCUUGCAUGCAUGAAUCGUUUUGCUAUUUCUAGUAUGAGUGUUCGUAUUCGUUCAUUGAAUACAUAUAAAAUGGCUAUUCAUUUAAUAAUAACUUCUGCUUUGUUUUGGUUGCUGGCAGUGAUCUUUUUUAGUUAUGCCCGAACAAUUCAAAAUGGUUCGUGCAAUAUACAAAAUGGAAUUUAUUUAAUGAUUUAUACAAUUUAUUACAUACUAUCAGCUGGACUGUUUCCUCCAUUAUUGAUUGUAUUUUUCAAUACAUUAUUAAUUCGAAAUUUGAAGGGUUUGCGAGGUCGUAUUCAACCAAUAAGAGAUAAUGCAGAAAAUAAACAAUCAAAUAUUAUGCUUCGAAAACGUGAUAGAAACUUAAUGAAAAUGAUUUUUGUUGAAGUUAUGAUUUAUGUUGUGAGCACAAUGCCAUUUUCAAUUUAUCUUAUUUACAAAAUUAUAACAGAUAGUUUUACAAAAAGUCUAGAACAACAGCAAAUUGAAUCAUUUAUAAAUUAUAUUACACAAUCAUUUAUCAUGUAUUUAAAUACAGCUAUGCCAUUUUAUAUUUACAUUUUAACAUCAUCAUCAUUUAGNACUUCCGACAGUAUCCUGUCGGAAGUUGUUGGAUUCCUUGGCACAGGAUUCCGACAGGAAGUUGCUGGGUGUUGGAUCCGACGAUUUCCAAGAGCCAGAUCCGACAAUCGGAAUAUUUAG